AUGGCCGACGAAGAUUUCGAGACAGGCGAUCUCUUCAAGGACCCUGAGGGGUUCUACCAGGAAGAGAAACAGCCCACAUUUUCAGAGCAUCAUAUGCUCUCGGGACAAGCUGUGCGCGUCCGUCUCGUCGGCGACCACCCGCUCUAUGGAAAUCUACUAUGGAAUGCCGGUCGCACCAGUUCCCACUACAUGGAAGAGCGGGCCGACUCCCUAAUCCGCAACAAAGAUGUCCUCGAAAUCGGUGCUGCAGCUGGCGUCCCUAGCAUUGUCAGCGCAAUUCUCGGAGCUCGCACCACAGUUAUGACCGACUACCCGGAUGUGGACCUAGUGUCGAACAUGCAAUAUAACGCCGAUCUGUCGGCUGAGAACAUCCCCUCCCAAUCACGGUUAUAUGUCGAGGGCUACAAAUGGGGUAGCACUGUGGAGCCUUUGCUGGCGCAUAUCCCUUCCACUAAUGGUGAAAAGCCAACUGGGUUCGAUACAUUGAUCAUGGCCGAUGUUGUUUAUAGCCAUCGCGAACAUCCAAAUCUGAUCAAGACUAUGCACAUGGCUCUCAAGAAAGAUCCGAACGCUAUGGCUUUGGUUAUCUUCACGCCUUAUCAGCCUUGGUUGUUACCGAAGACUGAGAAAUUCUUCCCACUGGCGGAGUCUGAAGGUUUUACUGUGACUAAGAUUUUCGAGAAGCUUAUGGAUAAUGUGUUGUUUGAGGAUGAUCCGGGUGAUGAGAAAUUGCGAAGAACUGUUUUUGGAUAUGAGCUCCGAUGGGCACCUGAGCGGUUGGAGAGCAAUGCUUAA